CGGAAGUGUGGGUGGGCCUGCGGGGCGGGCUCAGGGAGGCUCGGGGGGAGGAUGGAGCUGUGAGCGGGUCUGGGCGGCUGCUGGCAGCGCCAUGGAGACCGUGCAGCUGAGGAACCCGCCGCGCCGGCAGCUGAAAAAGUUGGAUGAAGAUAGUUUAACCAAACAACCAGAAGAAGUGUUUGAUGUCUUAGAGAAACUUGGAGAAGGGUCCUAUGGCAGUGUAUACAAAGCUAUUCAUAAAGAGACUGGUCAGAUUGUUGCUAUUAAGCAAGUUCCUGUGGAAUCAGACCUGCAGGAGAUAAUCAAAGAAAUCUCUAUAAUGCAGCAAUGUGACAGCCCACAUGUAGUCAAGUAUUAUGGCAGUUAUUUUAAGAACACAGACUUGUGGAUCGUUAUGGAGUACUGUGGGGCUGGUUCUGUGUCUGAUAUCAUUCGAUUACGAAAUAAAACGUUAACAGAAGAUGAAAUAGCUACAAUAUUACAAUCAACUCUUAAGGGACUGGAAUACCUUCAUUUUAUGAGAAAAAUACACCGAGAUAUCAAGGCAGGAAAUAUUUUGCUAAAUACAGAAGGACAUGCAAAACUUGCAGAUUUUGGGGUGGCAGGUCAACUCACAGAUACCAUGGCCAAGCGGAAUACAGUGAUAGGAACACCAUUUUGGAUGGCUCCAGAAGUGAUUCAGGAAAUUGGGUACAACUGUGUGGCAGACAUCUGGUCUCUGGGAAUAACUGCCAUAGAAAUGGCUGAAGGAAAGCCCCCAUAUGCUGAUAUCCAUCCAAUGAGGGCAAUCUUCAUGAUUCCUACAAACCCUCCUCCCACAUUCCGAAAGCCAGAGCUGUGGUCAGAUAACUUCACGGAUUUUGUGAGGCAGUGUCUUGUAAAGAGCCCUGACCAGAGAGCCACAGCCACUCAGCUCCUACAGCACCCAUUUGUCAAGAGUGCCAAAGGAGUGUCAAUACUGCGAGACUUAAUUAACGAAGCCAUGGAUGUGAAACUGAAACGCCAAGAAGCCCAGCAGCGGGAAGUGGACCAGGACGAUGAAGAAAACUCAGAGGAGGAUGAAUUGGAUUCUGGCACGAUGGUUCGAGCAGUGGGUGAUGACAUGGGUACUGUCCGAGUAGCCAGCACCAUGAGUGAUGGAGCCAAUACCAUGAUUGAGCAUGAUGACACAUUGCCAUCACAGCUGGGCACCAUGGUGAUCAAUGCAGAGGAUGAGGAAGAAGAAGGGACUAUGAAAAGAAGGGAUGAGACCAUGCAGCCUGCAAAACCAUCUUUUCUGGAAUAUUUUGAACAAAAAGAAAAGGAAAACCAGAUCAGCAGCUUUGGCAAGAGUGUGCCUGGCCCACUGAAAAAUUCUGCAGAUUGGAAAGUACCACAGGAUGGAGACUAUGAGUUUCUUAAGAGUUGGACAGUGGAGGACCUUCAGAAGAGGCUCUUGGCCCUAGACCCCAUGAUGGAGCAGGAGAUUGAAGAGAUCCGGCAGAAGUACCAGUCCAAGCGGCAGCCGAUCCUGGAUGCCAUCGAGGCUAAGAAGAGGCGGCAGCAGAACUUCUAAGCAAGGCCAGGCCGGGCUGCCCCCAGGCCUUUGGUGAAUUCGGGAUCGCACGCCUCACGCCUGUUAGCCAGCACUUCUGCUCUGUUGUUUCUCCACAGCACCUUUGUGAACUCAGGAACAUGCGCCAGUGGGAAGGGCUACCUUGAUGGCCAGCAUGCCGCCGUGAUGUAGUUAUGUUGGUCAGGUGCAUUACUUCAAAGGAUUCAUAUUGGCGCUUUUAACUCAGAGUUUUAAACCCCAGGAACCAGAGACUCCUAGUUGAGUGAUAGCUGGGAAAGUUUUACAUUGUCUUUUUGUGUUUAUUCUCCCAAUAGCUUUCGAUUGUUCUUUCUGGAAGACUUUUUAAAAAUAUAUAAAUAUGCAUAUAUAUAUAAAUUAUAAAUAGAUUCCCCACUCAGUGUGGUGGCAUCUUUGUACAGGUACAGUUUGAAACAAUUUGCCUCUUUUCCAUAAGAUUAUGGUACUGUGGAACAUGAGGGCAGAGGACACCGUGAGGCUGUUAGGGAGUCACUGAGUCCCAGGAGCCAACCUCACCCUUUGCAAGGCUGCAAUUAAAAAUUAGGUCCUUUCACCAUGGGUUCAGCCUUGUAUGGUCACCACCGGCUUCUGGAGCUGGUGAUGUCCAAGGGCAAGCUUCAAGUUCGUGUUUACUCUUUGAGUCCCAGGAGAAGCCUGGCAUCCUCUCUGCAAUUGGCCUUUGCUGUUUCUGCGCCUUUCAUUCAUCUGCACUCGCCCAGUGCCUUAAGAGGAGACAUGUCCAGUGGGGGGACAGGCCUACCAGGAGCUCUCAGCAAACACGGGGCUGUUCUCCGUGCACAAAAGGGAAAGGGUUUUGACACUCUCAUUGUUCAUGUGCAAAUCAUACACGUGGCAUUUUGCUCCUUAUUCCUUACAGAGUGGGGUAGAGGGCAUUGCUUUUGUGACCCACAUUCAAACCUGUGACUAUUUUCUUUUACUGCUAAGGGUCUGGAAAGGAUAAAUGAAACUCAGACUAAGAUUUGUUCCCCAGGAGGCUCAGUCUAGACACAGCGUGUCAGAGCUGGAAAGGACCAUAGAAAUCAUCUGGCCUAACCCUCUUGUGUGAUUAGGAAAACAGGCUUAGAGAGGGCAACUGACGUGGCCCAAAUCACAGAGCCAGUUCGAGUAAGAGCUGGGACUAGAACUCAGAGUCUUCAGUCCUGGGCCAGUGAGCCAAGCAGUCUCUUCUCUGAGGGAAGAGACUGUGUCAGUUUUGGUCCAGUCAUCCAGAGAACCUGCUGACAGAAACUUGCUCUUGCCUCUUCAGUGAGUGACCUGGCUAUGAAGAAUUUCCUCAGAGGUUCCAGAUCAUUCGGUCCCAGCAUAGCCAUGAGCCUUGUGGCAUCUGCCAGAUAGUAGACUGGCACUCAUGGAGGCAGAUUUAGGACCUGAAGCAGAUCAGAGGGCUUUGCAAAAAGACAGCACCAGGCCAUCCUCCUGCAACUUUGGCUCAAGGUCACAUGGCAUUUAGUCACAUAGCAAAGUUGUGUGACACUUGGGAAAGAUGAAUAUUUGUUUAUUUUCUCCUAAUAUCUCUUUCCCUCAGCUAGGGGAGCCAUGACUGGGUUGCACCUUAGGACACUGUAAAUUGACUCCAUAAUUGCUUUUGCUCCCUAAGCCUAGGAAUCAAUGGAAAGGCAGGGAAUGUUCCUUUUCUGUGGCCAGAUUCUGUUCUUUGCAAUUAAAGCAAGUUUUAAAAAAAAUACAAGAGGCAGUUGUUGGUUUUUAGGGCUUGGCCACUGAAGUAGUCGUGUGACAGAUACAGAAAAUAGAGGAUAAUUUGAGGAUCUUGCUGGAAUAAUAAAGGGUAGCUACUAUUUGCUUACCACCUAUUAUACACCUAGCACUGAGCGAGGUAGGGUCCAAAUUUAACAAUAACCCUGUGAGUUACGUACUUCAUCUCCAUUUCACAGAUGGAGAAAUGGGUUUGGAGGGAAAGAUUCCUUCCUGAGGCAGAAUAAAGUGACCACUUUUUCUUGCAUAGACUAAUAACUCUAACUGGGCAUUUUUAGGUUGCAAAACAGCUGAAUUAAUAGUCAAAUCUGACAGCCAAGUUAGAGUUUUAAAAACCAAAUCAUCAAGCAUGCAUACCCUCAUGCCAUUUGCUGUACUAAUUAAUAGUUCUGUCUCAGUCUCUUUCUUUUUUAAACAAAGAACUUAGCCAUUGGCCAGACAGGGAAGAGAAAGCCCACUUUCUCCCUCCCUAAGCUAGAUCCAAGUAAAAGAAAGUUCAGUUUUUCCCCGUAAAUAUUCUUGGACCAUAAACCUUGAUCCAGAGUUUAUUUUGUUUCAAGCAUGCGUGCACCUAAUGUGCUGGUCCAACAAAGUCUGUUGCUCGCCAGUCUAGCUAGACAGAGCCCUUUUGCUUAGAUCAGAGAAGUUUCCUGACAAGGUGUGUUUGUUUUCUAGUGACUAAAAGGCAGAGGAGCAAGUCCUAGUAAUAUUUUUCUUGAAUACUGAAUUCAAGAUAGAUCAGCUUGCUUUCACUGAGCUCUGAGCUUCAGUCAUUGUCUGAGCCUCCCCUCAAGCUUCCGGGGAACUCUGAGACUCUCCAUUGUUCUCUGCUUCGAAGAAGUGAUGCCCUAAUUGUGUCUUUAAAAAAAUCCAUUCAUGUGAAGCAACUGAAGAACUGCAGCCUUGACUCCUUGAGACUAUAGAUCUUGAUUCAGGAAACAUUCUUUCUUUUUUUUUUUUUUUCCCCCCACUACUGGCCAUAACAGAUUGCCUUAGGAAACAUUUAUUGAGCACCUACCAGAUAACAGAAAUUUAUUAUACCAUUUAAAAGUCUGUAGCUCUUUUCAAUAUCAGGAAUGAGAGAGGUGAUAUCACUGUAGAUCCUAUGGGUAUUAAAAAGCUAAUAACAAUAUUAUGAACAACUUUAUGCUUAAAAUUUCAACAUAAAUGAAAUGGACAAUUCCUUAAAAAAUACAAAGUACCAAAGCUCACUCAAGAAGAAAGAGAUAAUCCGAAUAGCCCUUUAUCUGUUGAAACUUAAUAGCUCUGGGAGAUACAGGUAUUAUUGUCCUCACUUUACAGAUGAGGAAACUGAGGCUCAGAGAGGUAAAGACUGUUGCUCAAGGUCAUGUGGCCUAGAAUACAGCAGGGCCAGGAUUCAAGUCCAGGUCUUCUGAUUCUUAUUCCAGUGUCCUUUCUAGCAUACCAUGUUGCCUCUAAAGAUUGCAGCUCCUCAUUUACUAGAAAAUUGUUCCUGCCCAAUCCACACCUCCACCCCGCCCCACCCUUUCUUAAGCACUGUGUUUGUGUUUUCAUCAGGAUCAUUAUAUUCAUUGUCUUUGGAACACAUGUUCUUGUUUGUGUUUGGAAAAAGAAUCUCUUCCACCAGCUUGCACUCGGACCAACUUGGAAAAAACAAAAGCUUAAAUACUGUUGCUGAUGUACAGUUAAAAAUGUGAAGUUUGUAGCUUUAACUUUUUGUAACAAAAACUAAUAGCACUGGCUUAUGCGCUGACUUGAAAUGCUAUUUUGUAAGAUUGGGAUGUAAAUAAUCAGUUGAGGCCAGCAGUUUGUAUAUGUAUGAGACAUAGCUUCCUCCAUUGCCCCCCUCCUUUUUCUUUUUUUUUAAGGUUUGAGAUGCUUCCUGUGUGCUUUUAUGUUAGAAUUGUUCUCCUUCCUUCCUCCUCUUAUACCUUGUCACCUGUUUUAAAUAAACUGUCCUUUGGACCAUAGACUA